AUGGCCGGGCUGCGGGAACGGGAACGGGAACGGGGAACGGGAACGGAGCCGCGCGGGGCCGCACCUGCCGCCCGCCCGCGCCUCACCUGCGCCGCACCUGCCGGGGCGGGGCCGGACGGGAGAGAGCGGCCGCCUCUGCCCGCUCCGCUCCUCCUCUGGGCGGCGGGAGGAGACACCGAGCCCGCAACGGGACACGGACAGCAUAGUGGGACAUGGGCCGGGAAUGGGACACGGACCCCACAGUGGGACACGGACUGGGAAUGGGGGAUACUGAGCCUGGAAUGGGACAUGGACCUGGGAGGGACGGAGAGAGGGACACGGACCGCGGGAAGGGGGGACACGGAGCCCGGGAGGAGAGACGGAGCCCGGAAUGGGACACGGCCUGGCAGGCGGCCGGAGGCGGCGGGGCAGAGCGUGAGGGUGGCGGCCGCAGCUGAGCGGGUGAGUCCCGGGGCGACCCGGAGCGAGCGGGACCGGCCCGGCCCGGCCUGGGCACCGGCACCAGAACGGGCCCGGAGCGAGCGGGACCGGCCCGGCCCGGCCUGGGCACCGGCACCAGAACGGGCCCGGAGCGAGCGGGACCGGCCCGGCCCGGCCUGGGCACCGGCACCAGAACGGGCCCGGAGCGAGCGGGACCGGCCCGGCCCGGCCUGGGCACCGGCACCGGAACGGGCCCGGAGCGAGCGGGACCGGCCCGGCCCGGCCUGGGCACCGGCACCAGAACGGGCCCGGAGCGAGCGGGACCGGCCCGGCCCGGCCUGGGCACCGGCACCGGAACGGGCCCGGAGCGAGCGGGACCGGCCCGGCCCGGCCUGGGCACCGGCACCGGAGCGGGCUCGGGCUCUGAGCGGGCCCGUGCGGCUCGGCCGCCCAGAGGAGCGGCGAGCGGCGGCGCGGCGGGGCCGCUCCCGGGCUCCGCAUGGCGCCACGAAGCGGCUCCGGGGCUGGCGGGAGCGGGCCGGGCCGAGGGCUGGGCGAGGAGCCGGCGCCUGCGGGAGCGGGGCGGAGAGCACGGUCAGGAGCAGCGGGGAUUGCACGUUCAGCUCCGCGGGGCGGCGGGACGGAGUCACAGCGGGCACGGCUGGAGCGAGUUAA